AGCUAGCGGCAUGUAAGACACUAGCAAGCUUCGAGAGCUCGGAACUGCGGGCUUAAACGCGGGCAUUCGUGGGCUAAAGUAUCGAUUCAGUAACUGCAUAGCUGCUGAGCGUGACCGCGCAACGCAUUUCUAAGCUUACAUUUGGUCCCGAGCGAGCAGCGGCAUCAUAACACCAAGGCCAUGCUGCGCUCCCUCGUCGCCGUCGCCGCGAUCGGGCGCGCGGCCGCGAACGGCCGCCACGACGCCAGCGGCCACGUGAUUGCGGGAUUAGCCCAGGAAGAGCUCGCCGUCACGGAUUCCGGUAAACUAGGCGACCGCGCCCCCUCGUACGCCUUCUGGUCGACCGGCGAUCGCACCACAGCACCACCAUACACGCCACCUACAAACAGAGUAUAUAACACGAAGGGAGGACCCGUCGAAGGCAAGAUCAACGUCCACCUCGUGCCGCAUUCGCACGACGACACGGGCUGGCAGGUUACUGUGGACCAGUAUUUUAGUAGGGAGGUCUACUGGAUCAUCGAUACCUUGACGGAGCAGCUCGCGCAGGAUGCGAAUCGGAAAUUCAUCUAUGUCGAGACGGCGUUUUUUGCCCGGUGGUGGGAGCAAGCUGAUGACUUUAAGAGAAGUAGAGCCAAAUCCCUCGUACGCAACAAGCAGCUCGAGUUCAUCAACGGGGGCUGGUGCAUGCACGACGAGGCGAGUCCGCUCUGGACGGCGAUGGUCGAUCAAACCACAAGAGGCCACCAGUGGCUCUUCAAGACCUUUGGUGCUCAAGCGAACCCAAAAGGCACGUGGCAGAUCGACCCCUUCGGGCACACGAACACGCAGGCCUGGUUGUUAGGGGCGGAGGCGGGCAUGACGUCGUUAUUUUGGGGGCGCAUGGACUACCAGGACCGAGAAAUGAGGUAUGGAAGAAAACAGUCCGUAAAACCGCCGACGGGCGGCUUCGAGUGGGUCUGGCGCGGCAGCAAGUCCCUAGGUUCGAGCGCGGACGUCUUCGCGGGGGAUUUGUACGGCACGGGGCAGGGCGGCUACAGUACGUGGCUGAAUUUCGACGACGAGACGCAACAAGUGAACGACGACCCUUCAAGACACGACUACAACGUCGACCAGUGGGUCGACAAGUUUGUGCAAGAUGCCAGGGAGCAGGCGAAGCAUACUUUAACACUACAUCAAUUGUGGGCCUGCGGCACGGACUUUCAAUAUCAAAACGCCGAUCGAUGGUAUAGGAAUUUGGACAAGCUGAUCCAUUAUGUGAAUUUGAAUGGUUCUGUGAAUGCCUUUUAUUCCACACCUACCCUGUAUACGGAUUUGAAGCAUCGUAAUAGGUCCGUGACCUAUGAACUAAGACAAGAUGACAUCAUGCCCCUGGCGGACAACGCGCACAACUACUGGAGCGGCUACUUCACGUCGCGGCCGGCGUUGAAAAGGCAGGUCCGGUUCGCCACUUCCUAUUUAGAAUCGGCGCGGUUACUGGAGGUCGUCACGAACACGUCCAAGAAAGAUGUGAAUCGACCGACCUACAAGAAGGAGCCCGUCGUCGGCGACUCCUGGACCGACGCUCUCGAGGGCACGGUCGGCGUGGCCACGCACCACGACGGCAUGUCGGGCACGGAGCGGCAAGAUGUUACGGAUGAUUAUGCCCAAAGGAUCACGGAGUCAGCUCUAGAAGCGGAAGCUGGUGUGGCGGUGGCCUUUGGUCGGCUGCUCGGCGUCGGACGCGAGGCGUUUGACCACUGCAACUGCAAUAGCGGGCCCAUGUCCUGUUUGAACCUGCGUGGAAAUCAAAAUUUUACAGCGCGUUUCCCUGCUCGAUGGCGUGGCGAUGCCGGUUCUUCACCGCUCAACGGGGCCAGCACGGCCGCGUCAUCGCCGAUUGCACCCGACGCAUUGGUUGAUUUCCACACAGGUUUGAACGCGUCGACCUGUUCCGCUACGCAUCACGGGUUCUCAGUGGCGGCCUUCAGCCCGCUCGGCCAGGACGUUGAUCAUGUUUUGCGGGUACCUAUCGUGAGUGACGGCCCGUGGCGCUGCAAGGACGCUUCCGGAAAGGCCCUCGCCUCCCAGAUUCUGGCAUUGGAUCAAAGAACAAGGGAACUGCCGCGGCUCUACCUCAAUUCGUUCAAUCUCACGAAGGAAGAGUAUAGGGCGGCCGACGCCGCGCUCACGAACGAGGCGACGGCGGUCCUCGCCGUAUCUCUGCCAAUAAAAGCGACGGGCGCCGCGACGGCGGCGUGCGGGCCCGGCGCUUCCGAGCCGUCAUCAUCCAUCACAGUGACGCGGGACGGUGAUAACCUAAUUGUGGACAACGGCCUCUUGCGGUUGACGUUCUGCACGGCCACGAAGGCACUUACAACGAUAGAGAACUUGGCGUCGCGGACGACGACCUCCCUAAAAUUGACCUGGGGCUGGUACAACUCGUCGACCGGGGGCUGCACGCCGUACCCCGACACGCUCUCUGACCUAGAGCCGGCCUGCUCGUCGCAGGCGUCGGGCGCGUACAUCUUCCGGCCGAACUCGUCGGAGCUGUAUGGCUUUGAUCCUUCCUUUGUGCCGCAAAUGGCCGUCGAAACCGGAAGUGUAUAUGCCGAAGUGCGACUGCGCGGGUCGCCGUUCACUUCUCAUACCAUACGCCUGGGCAAGGACAACGCACACGUGGAGGUCGAGUGGACGGCCGGGCCCAUUCCCGUGGACACGCCCUGGCUCGCGCCCGAUGCCAACUGGGGCAAGGAAGUGGUCCUGAGGUACGACACGGCCGUCGCGUCGGGGGGCGUCUUCUACACGGAUAGCAACGGCCGAGAGACCGUGAAACGCGUUCGAGACAAGCGCGGCCCGUCCUACCCUUCGCCCUACAAGAUCUCGGAGCCCGUCGCGGGGAACUACUACCCCGUGAACGCCCUCGCGUCGAUCAACGACGACUGCGUCGAGUUCGAUGUGAUUGUCGACACGUCACUGGCCGUGUGGAAAUCAACCUCUACGCCAUCGACGCGACAGCUACUGGUCGAUGUCCACACAGGUCCCUGGGCGGCGCGUCACUUGCGAGUGGAUCGCUCGAGUUCAUGGUCCACCGCCGCCUCCAGGAGGACGACAACCGGGGCGUGCAGGAACCGUUAAAUGAAACAAUGUGCGGCUGCAACGACAUCCGCGCGGCGCCGGGCGCCAUGGGCGCGCACGGGCACGAGGGCGACGGCGGCUGCUUUUGCGCGGGAUUGACGGUUCGAGGUCGACAUCUGCUGGUGUUUGAUGAGGUGCAACGGGCGCGCGCGUUGCGGCGCCGGCUGAUGGAGGAGGUCCAGCAGCCUCCCGCGCUCGCGUUCGCGCGUCUCGGGACGCCGUUCAAGACGCCGUCGCGGACGGUCCUGGCCGAGCCACUGCCGCCGAACGUGAAACUCGUGACGCUGACGUCGAACUACGCCCAAGCGCACAACGGCCAGUGGUUAUUACGGCUGGCCCACGUCUACGAGGCCGGGGAGACGGCGGACGACCUGGCCCAACCUGUUACCAUCGACCUGACGCGCUACUUCAGACGUCCCGGCCUCGCGAUCACGUCCGCCGUGGAAACGACGCUGACGGCGAACGCGGCGCCGGCCGCGCGGCUGACGUGGAAGACAGAGGUGGCGGCAGAGGACGGGGCCUUCACGGCGCGGACGCCCUUCGCCUACCCCUCGCUCACGCUGCGGCCGAUGGAGGUGCGGACGUUUUUGGCGCGGUUUCGCUGAAUAACGACCCUUCUUGUGUUUA